AUGCAUCUUUCAUCAUGUCUGGUCUUCAUUGCCGGCAUAUCAGGCGUCCACGCCUUCUAUCCAUGGGAAUUGGGAAUGAAACUCUCCACGGAAACUACAGUCGAACGUCGCUUCGUUCCAUGGACCUUGAUUGAUGCCAAAUCUGACGAUGAGAGUACCGACGCAGCCGACACGAAACCUUUCACCAUUGACCUAAAGAAAAUGCCCGUUCGCCGCGACGAUACCUAUAAGAUCGUCGAGUCCCAUACGCCGUCAUUGGCAAACAGCGCCCCGUUAAACCAGGACGGAACGGAUUAUUCAUACUUCUCUCCCGUCCUCGUAGGUUCCCAAAAGCAAGAAAUGUGGAUGGCAAUCGACACCGGAGCACCCAAUACCUGGGUCUUCGACUCGGAAUGCACGGAGCCUGUCUGCACAAGCCAUCACACUUUCAACCAGUCAGCAUCCACCAGCUACACCACCGCCGGUUCGACUUUCACCCUCGCCUACGGCAGUGGCACGGUCACCGGAAAGAUUGGGAAAGACGCAAUCUCCCUUGCAGGGCUCGAAGUCGAGCAAACCUUCGGUCAAGCCGACAAUGCCUCGGAAGCUUUUCAGAGUUAUCCAUUCGACGGGAUCCUGGGCCUGGGUCGCUCGGGUACAGUAGGGUGGAGUUUGCCAUCUUUCAUGGAUCUUGUUGCGGAGAAAAAGCUCAUCAAAUCAAACUUGGUUGGGUUCAGUCUCUCUCGCUCGGCAGACAAUGCGAAGGAUGGGGAAAUCAACUUUGGUGCGGUCGAUACGACCAAAUUCGAUGGUACCAUUUCCUAUACUGCCACCAAUGAGAAAAUCUGGAGCAUCCCCGUGGAUGAUGCUUAUGUGAAUGGAAAGAGUUGCAACUUCACCGGAAAAUCCGCUACCAUCGACACCGGCACUACCUACCUCCUGAUCCCUCCGAAAGAUGCCAAAGUCCUGUUUUCUCUCGUCCCCGGUUCAUCCCAACAGUCUUCCAACUCGAACAACUACUUGAUCCCCUGUAACUCGACUGCUACUAUCGAGUUCGAGUUCUCUGGUGUCAAAUACAGCGUCUCGCCUAAGGACUAUGUCGGAAAUACCGAGUCGACCGGUUCAGAUUACUGCAUUUCGACCAUUGUCGGCUAUGCAUCAAACGGUGCAAACUGGCUCGUCGGCGAUGUCUUUUUGAAAAACGUCUACACCGUGUUUGAUUUCGACAAUGGAAAGAUCGGAUUCGGCGCGCUUUCGAAGUCAAACUCCUCAUCCUCCUCAUCCGUGGGCAAUGGAACAUUCACUGCAUCGGCGUCCAAUGGCACCGCUGCGUCUGCCGCUAAUGCUACAUCGACCUCCUCUACAAUGGCCACAGUCUCCGGCGGCUCUGCAUCCCACCUCGUCCGCGGCAUUAGCUGGUCUAUGCUGACGGUCAUGCUCGGCGCAUUUGCUAUUUGA